AUGAAAAGAACAAAUUUAAGAAGUAAAGUAGCUGCAAGAGCUAAUACUACAUCAAAAUCAACUCCAAAUCAACAAGUUGAAUUACCAGAAGAUCCAAAGGCAUUUUUACAUGAAUAUAAAGAAUCAAAAAGGGAUAAAUUACAAUCUCGUCAUCAAGAAUUUUUGACAAAAUUAAAUUCUAAAAAUGAUAAUAAUGGUAAUAUAUCCAAAUCAAGUUUAAGACGUCGUAAAAGAAAACAAAAACAAGAAUUAGCACCAAAGAUGAAUGAUUUAUUAACUUCAUUAGAAGAUACUAUAACACCUGAAACCGCUACAACUACAACUACUAUACAACCACAAAAAAUUCCAAAUAUAAAUAUAAUAGAUAAAAAAUUUAUUGAAACAAAAACUAAACCAAAUAAAAAUCAACCAAAUCCACAAAAUAAAAAAGGUUCAAAAAAAAUUGAACAAGUUGAAAGAUUACAAUUUACAAAUAUUUUGAAAACUACAAGUUUUAAGAAAAGUCCAUUUGAAGCUUUAAAAGCAAAUAUUUCAAAUAGAUUAGGAAAUGAUAUAUUAUGA